AGCACGUCGUACACCAGCGUCCUCCGCCUCGGCGAUCCGGAUAGCACCGCGACCGACUGUAGUACGCCCCCCUUUUCUGGUUAAGCCGAAGUAUUCACCGCUGCUGUGAUAGUAGUUAGCGUAGUUCACAUAUCGAUAUAUAUAUAUAUAUAUAUAUUGCAUCUUUCUUAGGCGGCAAAUCUGUCGUAACCGACAAACAACACCCCAUCAUUGAAGCAGGGAAAUUAUUUGCUUUCAAAUCUUCUAGUUAGGUAGCCUCCUGCGCUUUACCGUGUGGGCCUCUUCUCCAAUCAUCAUCUGGCUUCUUGUUUUUUCAAACAAAUAUAUAGUUUUUAUCACCGUCCUCGUAAGACUCAGACAAGGCAGGAUGGUCCGCUAUGUGCAGCGCCCGUGGUACUCGCCACUCGGCCUCAUGGCCACCAACACGCCGUCCUACGUCUGGUUCAUGUGUGCGUCGGCCGUCAUCGCCGUCUUCCCAUUUCGCUACCAAAUAUCGGAGUACUUCGAGCGUCAGCACGCUGGCCCGCACGUGGAGCUGCGCCACAAGGCGGUUAAGUACUACUCGGAGAUGGAGCGCAUGCACCGUCGUCAGGCGCUGGUGAACUUAGACAACAUGCAGGACGACAACGCACCACACCGCCUCAGUGCGUCCAUGGCGGUGGACUCGCUGAAGACGGGCGACCUCGAUCAGGAGUACAACUACUGGUACGCCCACGCACGGGACGCUGCGCGGGCGGAGAAGUUGAUGAUUGAGAUUCGCGAGUUGAAGGCGAAGAUAGCCGCCGAGAGUGCGUAA